GAUUACUUCCGCCCGCCUGCCAAGUUAAACGCAGAUUGUACGACGCUUUUAGCCUGAAAAGAAAAACAGUUUGGACUCGAAGACCUACUCCGAGCCUGGGAUAUUUUAUUUAAAUUCUUAUUUUUUGCCUUUUAAAAGCAAAGCGGAGGCAACUUCUUCUUUUUUUUCCUCAAGAGUGACUAACGUUACCCAAGAACCCCAAGGCGUCUUACUGGAUUUCCCAAAACACAAUAAACUGCUCGAAUUUGCCAAUGACAUAACCAAAGAUUUGCAGACUCUUCCUGGGGUUGAGUCGACCAUCCCCAGCGCUGCUGGAUUUUUGUGGUAACGUUGUGAAGUUGAAAAGGAAGCAGAUUUGCCAGGCACCAUGCCGGCCCUCUCCAGCAGAACGGGCAGUGAGAUAGGUCUGUAUGAGCUGUUGUCUGUACUGCCGUCUCAGCUGCAGCCUCAUAUUGAGAGCGCAGAUGACCGCUCUUUUCUACACGCUAUGUUUGGGGAGAGGAGUCUACAUUCAUUGGUCAAGAUCCAUGAGAAGUUACAGUGUUAUGAAGACCGUGCUCCAACUCCAGUACUGGACAGCGCCGGCUCACUGGCUCAAGACUUGACGGAGGAACUUCAAGGACGAAGUGCAAGUGAUGAGAUCAGAGAGCUUGUCAAGCUACUGUCCAAACCACAUAUAAAGAGUUUGUUGUCUGUUCAUGAUACCGUGGCCAGGAAGAGUUACGAUCCAGAACUUCCUCCUCUGCCAGACGACAUUGACGAUGAAGAAGAUUCUGUCAAGAUCAUUCGACUGGUCAAGAAUAAAGAGCCUUUGGGUGCCACCAUAAAAAAGGAUGACCACAGUGGAGCUGUCAUAGUGGCACGCAUCAUGAGGGGCGGGGCCGCAGACAGAAGUGGACUGAUACAUGUCGGAGAUGAGUUGAAAGAGGUGAACGGUAUCACGGUGGAUGACAAAAAGCCUGAGGAAAUAAUUCGCAUCCUGUCACAGUCGCAAGGUGCCAUCACAUUCAAAGUGGUCCCAGGCAGCAAAGAAGAGGCACAAAGCAAAGAGCCCAAGAUGUUUGUAAAGGCGCUUUUUGACUACAAUCCAGCUGAGGAUAAGGCGAUCCCUUGCAGGGAGGCAGGCUUGGCAUUCAGGAAGGGAGAUAUCCUGCAGGUUAUGAGCCAGGACGAUGCCACCUGGUGGCAAGCCAAACUGGAGGGUGAUGGCAACCCGCGCGCAGGACUCAUCCCAUCCAAACACUUUCAGGAGAGGAGGUUGGCAACCUGGAGACCCAUGACCGUCGCAACUCUUCAGAGAACCCCCAGCAAAAGAUUUUCGGGUCUACGGAGGAGUUUUCGUCUCAGCAGAAGGGAUAAGAAGACAAAUAAGUCCAUGUAUGAAUCUAAGAGAAGUGAGCAGUACGACACAGCAGAUGUGCCCACUUAUGAAGAGGUGACGGCUUACCGCAGAAAACAUGGAGACAGGCACAGACUAGUCGUGUUGGUUGGUCCUACUAGUGUUGGUUUGAAUGAGCUCAAAAGGAAGUUGUUGAUAUCCGAUCCACAACAUUUCAGUGUCACCAUCCCACACACGUCUCGAUCGAAAAGACAUCAGGAAAGCGAUGGAGUGGAGUAUAAUUUUAUCUCCAAACACCUUUUUGAGGCAGACAUUCAGAACCACAAGUUCAUUGAACACGGAGAGUAUAAGGGAAACUACUAUGGGACGAGCUUCGACUCUGUACGUUCAAUCCUGUCCAAGAACAAGGUGUGCCUUCUAGACGUACAGCCACAUACGCUAAAGCAUCUCCGUACAGCUGAGUUCAAGCCCUAUGUAGUGUUUGUGAAGCCUCCAUCCAUCGAGCGUCUGAGAGAGACCAGGAAGAGCGCAAAAGUCAUCUCAGGCAAAGAUGAUAAGAACUCGUCCAAAUCCUUCUCGGAGGAGGACUUCCAGGAGAUGAUCAGUAGCGCUCAGAUGAUGGAGAACCAGUACGGUCACCUCUUUGAAAAGGUCAUUGUGAACGAUGACCUCACUGUUGCCUUCAACGAGCUCAAGCAGGCGCUCAGGAAAGUGGAGACAGAAGCUCACUGGGUGCCCGUCAGCUGGACUCAUUCCUGAGUGUCAGCACAAAACAGGACAAACAGAACAAGGGAACAAGGCAUCAAAUUUGGGGAGGAAACUGAGGGAAGGACUUUAAGAACUGUGAAAGAUUUUGUUUAAUUGUGUAUGUUUAUUUUUGGCUGUAGAUGGUGACAGGGAAAUAUUUUAGUUGUCUUAACAUGUCUGAAGUGGUUGAUCUGUUUUUGGAGACUAAAAUGCAAAUGUAUAGGUUUGUAUUUGCAUUGUUGUGGCGGUUAUAUCCGACCAGGUGUAACUGCACUCAGCAAACGUCACCGCUGAGAGAGUGUUUCAGACUGCCAAUCAAAGACCACUCCUUAGUCUGUUUUUAACAUUAGUUUAUAGAAACCAAAGGGAUGAUUAGUAUUUUUCUGUGUUCAAAGUACACUUUUUUUUCAGAACUUGUAGUCCACUGUAGUCCAUUGGCCUGUUACUCUGCAGCUAGUUUGAUCAGCACAGCUUUAACAGUAUAUAUGGUUGGGGGGGCAUCAAGUGAUGUUCAUUGGGCCCAAAGUGAUUUUAUUUAAAUAGAAAAUUAAUAUAUUUUGAUUUUUUUUUUUUUACCCCAUUCCCUGUUGAGUUUUUAAAUUAAAAUCAGAGCUAUGAGGAUUUAUUUAGCUUUUUUUCGUAAGUGCUCAUGGCUGAUCAAAGCCUCAGGGUCCCUGUAGACAAAGCUUUUAUUAAUGUACAGCAUAACCCGAAGUGUGCAGAAGUGGACUUCUUUCUUUCAGUUCCAUCUAUCUGUUUCUUUCUAUUCCUGUUUCCUUCUGUUUCAUUUUGCUUUAUUGCCCAGUCCACAAUGACUAGCUGUUGUUGAGGGCAGGCAUUUGGAAAGGACAUAUGAGGAAAUGUACUUGUUCUGAGCUGAUUAGUCAAGAGUCUUGGAAGCCUAACAGCAGCACUUCCACAAUUGUAUCUCAGUGAAAUUAAUGUGAAAUGAUAACCUUGAAUGUUACAAGGCAUUACAGACAUGAUUAGUUCACCCAAAAAUGAAAAACUGACAUAAUUCGAUUCUUUUGUAUAACUUAGAGGAUUUUAAUAUAGAACAUGAGUCAUAUGGACUUUAAUGGUACUUUAUUAUUUUUGGUGCUCAACAGUCCCCUUCCAACUUAACUAGUAUGUAACACGUACAUAGAAAGAAUGUCAUAUGGAUUUGUAACCACUAAGGAUGCUCUAAAAUUUCAGCAACCCUGGACCGAAACUGGUCAAAACAGGGGACAGAGAAUUGUUUCCAGCCUAACUAGUUUUGAUAGCACCAAUUACGUUUAAUUAGCGCUUCUCAGAUGAUGCAUUUUGACCGUGUUCACAAUCUAUUUGGUGCACAUUAAGUGAAUAAGGUAAAAAAAGGGUCUACAUGUCAGCAGUUUGGAAAAAAAAGAAAGGUAAAGUAUCAAAAUGUAAAAGUUGUUCGACUGAAAUAUCAAGAGGUGGCUCAUUUCUGAAGACUGACUGCUUUAGUUUAAUUUAAAAAUCAGAGAACUUUACACCCUAAAGAUACCCAAAUUUAAUCAACCAACUUUAAUUUUCAGUUUUCGACUAAAUUACAAAUUCAAGUUGAUGAUUUUCAGUGUUAUUGUUAAAAGAUAAUAAUAAUUUUGGUGCAUCACUAGUAGCAACUCAAGGGUGUGUAAAUGUUGAUAUAAUCGUCAUUUAUUGGGUGAACUAGAUGAGGUCUUUUUUAGACAUUAAAGGGAUAAAGAUAUGUCACUAAAUAUAUGUUUUUGUUGCAAUUUUCUUGGUUUUCAACCAAGCAGUGUCAAUCUUUCACUCUGUACUGUUAGUGUAUUCAGUUUAGUCCUACAGUCCACAUAAACACAAAUCAAAAUCAAGGUGCACUGACGUUUGUUCAUUUGCUUCACUGUUAUUAUUGUCUUUGCCUUCUUUUUCAUAUAUUUCUGUUUUUAU